CGAUACGAAAAUGAACUUUUUCGAAAAUAUUUACCUUGUGACGAGGACAGAUUUCGUCUGAAUUCACGGGAAGGGUAAGUGUCAUCAUUUGAAAACACGGGUUUUGCUUUUUCAAUCUAGUUCAAUGCCUUAUUAAAUCAUUGCUGCAAUGUCUACGAUGUCGCUAGACUUGGCCGACUUGCUUCGCAAAUUUAAAUGGAAACGAGAAUUGGACAAUAAAGGCAUUUCGUUCAGAAAGACUUUAAUAUUUGUACUCGUCGGCACCGGUUUGUUUUUAUAUUUUGGGCCUAGUUUUCUCCGAUGGCUCUUUACUUCAAAAGGCAACUCGUAUGAUACGCUAAGCAGAUGCAUCAAUGACAAGAUUGAUUCCUAUGUGCUCGAGUCAUUGAAUUCAGAUUCCCACAUCAUAUACCCCCCUGCUGCAGCUGAUGGUUCACCAUCAGAUAAUCCAAACUUUCUCAUACAUUUUGUUGGCAAUGGCGUGGUGGGAGCAGAGACCAAACCAGAUUCACCACUUUACAUAAAAAGUGAAAAAGUGUUGUCCUUGGCGGUUCCUUUCCAACCCAUCACUGGAGUUUUCCUGCCAGGAGCCGACAGAAGUGAUCAUCAAAGAGAAGCAACAGUGCUUCAAUUCGUAAACGGUCUCGCCCACAAAAUACAGUGCAUUCCUAUCGGAAAGGCAUGCCUGACCAUCACGCAUCAAAUUUACGCUCACCGGACCAUUUCAUCACUCCUAGUCCAGGAUAUUAAAAUCACCAAUCCUACAGAUGAGGAUGUAGUUUUGUCGCUGGAACGGGGUGGUCUCUCUAAAUGGCACACUUCCGUCGUCUACACGCACAAAAUCAAAGUCGGUAGCGAAGACCACGACUGUUUGGUGAUAACUGGUUCGCUGACUGACGGCGCCAAGCAAUUUGUUGUGGCUGUAACCACAACCAAAUUACCUGCCACUCUAGAGGUGAAGAAAAAAUCUUCGGAAACAUUUCACGUGUACACGGUGACAACGUAUUCGACAAUGCUGAAUAUGGGGAAGUAUACGGCCAUUAAAGAGAGUCUGGAAAUGGACGCCUUACAGAUGAUGAAUUCGGUAGUGUCGAUGACUUCACGCCAGCUGCGAGCCGCCCACGUGGAAGUGUGGCACCACCUAUUUUCCAGCGGAUUGUUCAUAAGCACUUCCAAAAAAACCGGCGCCAUCAACGGUGACCGAAUUAACGCCACGCUGUACAUGACUCUGUCGCAAGUCCGCGCCCAGAAAGUCGAAUCGGAAAUGAGUCAGGAGGAGCUCAACCAGCACCAUUCCCAUCUCGCCUACACGGAAGGCUGCUACGGUGGUCAUCACACUUUGCAAGCGGCCAAGCUUUGGCUGGAUCUGACAUCCAUGGAUCGUGUGGUCCAAGUCACGAGUUUGUGGCUCAAGACUCUCGAGUCUCAGGGAUGUCAUAAAUUGGUGAAAAUGGGAGCUGAGGGGGUCAUGCAGGCCAUGCUGCUGAGUUUUGGCUCGUGGAAGUUUAGCAAUCAGCACCUGGAAUUCAACACGGAGCCAAAGGAUUUGCAUCGAGACUUUCACUACCGCCGGAUCAACUACGGCAACGGAACGCACGUCAACGUCACUGUGGCCGUAUUGGAUGACAACAGAGCCGCCUUGUACGUGGCGCUGGAUCGCAACGACAAGGACUAUUAUGGCUGUGACGGCGGUUGUUUAGACUCGCCCGUCCAGUUGAGUUCCCAGCGGAGGCAGUUUCCCGUCAAGUUGACCGAGCCGAGGACCGCCGUCCUGUACAUCACCAGUGAUAAACAGCACAUGGAGAAUUUGAAGCAUACUAUUCACGUCCAUGAAGUUGGCGAGGCUCCGGCACACGAGCAGCACGUCAUAGCUCUUCAUAAGCACGGCCACGCCCUCGGUGGACUGCCCACCUUCUUCUGGGCCACCUUCUCACUCCUGAUCGUUCUCUUCCAUCUUUUUCUCUUCAAACUCAUUUACAACGAGUAUUGCGGAGGAGUGCAGCCGGAAACCAAAGCCCAGCGCUCCAGGAAAUUUUCUGAUCUUUAAACAAGAGUU